AUGAGUUUUGCCAAACAAGCGUGUGACUGCUGUCGUGUUCGUCGAAUAAAAUGUAACCGUGAAGAACCGUGUAAUCGUUGUCUUGAGCACGAUCUGAAAUGCACCUAUCUUCGAAUGUUGAAAAAGAGAGGUCCGAAGUCCAUUAGGACAAGAAGUUUGAAAAAAAUAGCCUAUAUGCAGAGGSUCAGUGAGGAUUACAGCACUAUGGCUGCUCCAGGAGCAUCCGCGAAAGUUCCAAAGGUGCUGAUAGACCAAUGUUUGAGGCUAUAUAGCGAUAAUUUAUACGUGAUCUGGCCUUUGCUCUCCUAUGAUGAUCUUCACAAACUUUUGGACGAGAAAUAUGAUAACUGUUCCGUCUACUGGUUUCUGGUAGCUCUCUCGGCGGCCACUCUUAGCGACUUGCAAACUGAAAUGGAAACUGAAGAGGGUGUCUCCUUUACAGGAAAUCAACUCUCCAGUCUCUGUAUGUCAUCACGCCAAGACUUUGACGAUUUCAGUAGCUGCGACAUAUAUAGAAUCAUGACCUACUACUGCUUACAUCGUUGUUUUGCACGCUUUUCUGACACUACGGCUUCGUACAGACUUUAUUCUGAAGCUAUUGGCCUCAUCAAGAUCGCCAGAUUCCACCGCGAAGAGACUUAUAAAUAUCUCUCAUUUGGUGAGCAGCAGCUUAUACGGAAGGCGUACUACUUAAUUCUUCUGACGGAAAGGUACUAUUCUGUAUACAUUCAUUGUGCGACCAGCCUGGAUACCACGAUAUUUCCGCCGCAGCCCGAGAUUGUAACUGAUCCCCGGCUUUCCCUGGAUAGUUUUCUCGAGGUGAUCAGGGUCUUCACUGUGCCAGAAAAAUGUUUCUAUGAUUCUUUAGCUACUGACUUUGCUAACGAUUCUUGCACUGAAGACUCUUUGAAAAGGAUAUGGAAAGAGCUUCAUACAGUAUCACCCGAGGUAGAGCCGUGGUCCUACGGGUACAUAGAUUUUUUAUUUUCCCGGCACUGGAUAAGAACCCUGGCUUGGAAACUGAUGUUUCAGGUAAAAGAUAAACGAACCAAAUUUCUUUCGAAUACAGAUAAUGCCCACAUACCAGUAGAGAUUGCUAGGGAUAUGUUAGGCGAUACAUUCCUAACCCCGAAAAAUUUCUAUGACGUGCAUGGCCCCGGAAUACCUAUGAAAACAUUAGAAAUAGCUAAUGCAUUAGUGGACGUUAUCGGCCAUUAUGAUCGAAAUAUGAAGUUGGAGGCUUGGAAUGUUUUGAGCGACGUGGCCAAGUUUGUCUUCUCCCUGAAUCACUGCGAUAAUAUUAUGUUCCAGAGAUUUUCAACUAAAUGUCAAAGCGCCCUUAUUACUCUACCUAUUACCAGACCGUUGCAACCAAACGGUGACUCUAAAGACGAUACUGAUAUAAUCCUUUAA